AGCUGAGGAGGAACACAAAGAUUUCACCCAGGCUCGAGGUCUGGUGGCCUUCGGGGUGAAGCUAAGGAAUUACAGUGUGGAGUAGAUUUGGGGAGCGUAGCUCCGGGCUGUUGCAGCGCGUGGGAUCUGCCCUUCUGGGUAGGGGCCGAGUACUAAAGUUCCGAACCCAUGGCUGGGCUGUUUCCAUCCCCCUUGACUUCCCUGAGCUUAAGCUUGGGGACUCAGCAGACGCCGGCAUUGUCUUUGCUUCCCACUAAAACUGGCAGCCUUGGGUUGGCCGGGAAGCCUCAGGCAAGAUCCACGGCAGCCAGUCUCCGGUGGUCAGGGAAGUCGGGAGCUGCCUCAUCCUGGCCUGGGUUCUGAAUGGUUUUGGAUGUCCUGGUGGCAGUGUCGUGUGGCACACACUCUGGGUGGGGGACGGCAGCCCAGAGUUGAAGGUAGCCUUUGCUCAAUUCUGCUGGAGCGCCAUUUCCUGACCUGCGAGCAGUUUGGCCCGGGGAUCGCUUUCGUCUGUCUGACUUAGAGCUCCAUCCCGGGUCAGGGCUUGGCUACUGGGAAGCUGCUCUCCCUGUCGGCUACUCGUGGAGCUCACGAUUUACAGCCGUGGCCUCACGGCUCGAAGCCAUCCUUGGAGUCAGGCCCACCUGUUGCCAGUGCUCGUUUCUGGCAGUCUCCGCUGGAUCAGGGUAGGAAGGACAGUGUUGGACCUAGGAAUGGGUUCCCUAGAACCUGUCUCCUGGGGUCUUUCUUGGCUCUCUGGGGGGAAUAUCCUUUCUGCUCCUGAGAGCGGGAAGACUCUAGUCCCGCCCUCUCUCCUGGCGCUGCGAGAGCGCCCCCCAAAGCAAGGCAAGCGUCAGGCCCACGCCCUAUUUAGUGAAUAAGUAAAAGCAACCUAGCUCUCCCAAGCACUUUGUCUCUGUGUGUUCGAGGUACUAUUGCCUACACAGAGGGCCUAGGGACUGCCAUUAACACUCUGGCCAAGGAGAAAGUGAACAGCCGUUCUUUUGUCUGUAACUCCGGACGUUUUAUCCUUUCUCUGAGUGUGGCGUUUUCCCAAGGUUAAUUUGGGCUCUGGCCUGUUUUGGUCUUUUCCAUCUCCUUUUUCCUUUCCUCAAGUCUGAGGAUGCGUCUAGGUCUACCCUGGAGAUCGCGAGUACGUUCUGCCUCAUGCUCUGCCUUCCGGAGGCUUGCCGGGGCGGUGGCUGUUAGGGCCCGCCUUUCUUUUGGUUAUCUCCGCCCUCGCAGGGCUGCAUCUUCAGGUCUAGGGAGUGUCGGAGUUGGGAGUGUGCAGCCACCCCUAGCAGCGAGCUGGCUACCCCUGGGUUAUUUCUCGGCUUACGUCUGCAGACUGUACUCGCAGAAAGGAGCUGCCGGCUCUCCAGAUGAUUGUGAUAGGGACGCAGCAUGCGGAAUGUAGAUUGCAAAGACAACUGGAUGGGAAGGAUGAGGUUCUCACUUUCAUUUUUUGUAAGGAGGUUCUCGCCGGUGAUAAUGCUGCAGCCUUUCCCCUUCAAAUACCAAGGUGUGGGGUCUCCGCUGCUGAGCUCCCCGUCACUCCCUGUCUCGGCCCUAGAACUCAGAGCCUCAGUCUCCAGUGUAAACAUUCCACAAAAGGACUGCUAAGGUUCAGCCUCCUCGCGCAGGGUAGAAUCCGUUCCUUCCUAGACGGGCGCCCUGGCCAAUAGGAGCUCCUACCGGCGCCACGAUAUCCAAUCCAACUUCUGGGGGCGGGGGCUGGCCCGGCAGUGUGGUAGGAGGAGCCUGCUUCACUUAACAGACAUUUUACCCCACUUCGGUUACUUACCUUCCUGAGGCGGUGGGAGAGCCAGGGGUAGCCUUCCAAUGCAAAGACCGGCGGAGGCGGGAGCCAACUUGUUAGGCCUGUGGCAGAGACGGUACUGGGCGGGAUAUGUGGUAUCCUCCAAUGAGAGGUUUUGUAGUGCAUCCCUGAGCAUGAGUGCAGAAUGAAGCGACGUUUGGAUGACCAGGAGUCACCGGUGUAUGCGGCUCAGCAGCGUCGGAUUCCUGGCAGCACAGAGGCUUUUCCUCACCAGCACCGGGUGCUUGCCCCUGCCCCUCCUGUGUAUGAAGCAGUGUCUGAAACCAUGCAGUCAGCCACGGGAAUUCAGUACUCUGUAACGCCCAGCUACCAGGUUUCAGCUGUGCCACAGAGCUCCGGCAGUCAUGGUCCCACCAUAGCAGCGGUUCAUAGCAGCCAUCAUCACCCAACAGCUGUGCAGCCCCAUGGAGGCCAGGUGGUCCAGAGUCAUGCUCAUCCAGCUCCACCAGUUGCACCAGUACAGGGACAGCAGCAGUUUCAAAGGCUGAAGGUGGAAGAUGCGCUGUCCUAUCUUGACCAGGUGAAGCUGCAGUUUGGUAGUCAGCCUCAGGUCUACAAUGAUUUCCUUGACAUCAUGAAGGAAUUUAAAUCUCAGAGCAUUGAUACUCCAGGAGUGAUUAGUCGUGUGUCCCAGCUGUUCAAAGGCCAUCCUGACUUGAUAAUGGGCUUUAACACAUUCUUGCCCCCUGGCUACAAAAUUGAGGUGCAGACUAAUGACAUGGUGAAUGUGACAACUCCUGGCCAAGUUCAUCAGAUCCCCACCCACGGCAUCCAGCCCCAGCCUCAACCAGCACCGCAACAUCCUUCCCAGCCUUCAGCCCAAUCAGCCCCAGCUCCUGCCCAGCCAGCUCCUCAGGCCCCACCUGCCAAAGUCAGUAAGCCUUCCCAACUACAAGCACAUACUCCAGCCAGUCAGCAGACUCCCCCACUCCCACCAUAUGCAUCCCCACGUUCUCCACCGGUCCAGCCUCACACACCAGUGACAAUCUCAUUGGGAACGGCCCCAUCCUUGCAGAACAAUCAGCCCGUGGAGUUUAAUCAUGCCAUCAACUAUGUUAAUAAGAUCAAGAACAGAUUCCAGGGCCAACCAGACAUCUACAAGGCGUUCCUGGAGAUUUUGCACACAUACCAGAAAGAACAGAGAAAUGCUAAGGAAGCUGGAGGAAACUACACUCCAGCAUUGACUGAGCAGGAGGUAUAUGCCCAGGUGGCUCGUCUCUUUAAAAACCAGGAAGAUCUGUUGUCAGAAUUUGGACAGUUCCUACCGGAUGCCAACAGCUCUGUGCUUUUAAGCAAAACAACUGCUGAGAAGGUUGAUUCUGUGAGAAACGACCAUGGGGGCACUGUGAAGAAGCCCCAGCUGAACAACAAGCCGCAGAGACCCAGCCAGAAUGGCUGCCAGGUCCGCAGGCACUCUGGACCAGGAGCCACCCCUCCAGUGAAGAAGAAACCAAAACUGCUCAGCCUAAAGGAUUCUUCUAUGGCAGAUGCCAGCAAGCAUGGUGUAGGAACCGAAUCAUUAUUUUUUGAUAAGGUCCGAAAGGCUCUUCGGAGCACAGAGGCAUAUGAAAAUUUUCUGCGCUGUCUUAUUAUUUUUAACCAGGAGGUGAUCUCUCGGGCUGAGCUUGUGCAACUAGUCUCUCCUUUCCUGGGGAAAUUCCCUGAAUUGUUUAAUUGGUUUAAAAACUUUCUGGGAUAUAAAGAGUCUGUACAUCUGGAAACUUUUCCAAAGGAACGAGCUACAGAGGGCAUUGCAAUGGAGAUAGAUUACGCCUCUUGUAAACGACUGGGCUCCAGUUAUCGAGCCCUUCCGAAGAGUUACCAGCAGCCCAAGUGUACAGGACGGACACCUCUCUGUAAAGAGGUUUUAAAUGACACCUGGGUUUCCUUCCCUUCAUGGUCUGAGGACUCUACCUUUGUCAGUUCCAAGAAGACUCAGUAUGAAGAACAUAUUUAUCGUUGUGAAGAUGAACGCUUUGAGCUUGAUGUAGUUUUAGAGACCAAUCUGGCAACAAUCCGGGUUCUAGAAGCAAUACAGAAGAAACUUUCCCGCUUGUCUGCUGAGGAACAAGCCAAAUUUCGUUUGGACAACACCCUUGGGGGCACAUCAGAAGUCAUCCAUCGAAAAGCACUCCAGAGGAUAUAUGCUGACAAAGCAGCUGAUAUAAUUGAUGGUCUGAGAAAGAACCCCUCCAUUGCCGUUCCAAUCGUCCUUAAAAGGUUGAAGAUGAAAGAAGAAGAAUGGCGAGAAGCUCAGAGAGGCUUCAACAAGGUGUGGCGAGAACAAAAUGAGAAAUACUACUUGAAGUCCCUGGACCACCAGGGAAUCAACUUUAAACAGAAUGACACCAAGGUCCUGAGGUCUAAGAGCUUACUCAAUGAGAUUGAGAGUAUCUAUGAUGAGAGGCAAGAGCAGGCUACAGAAGAGAAUGCUGGUGUACCUGUCGGCCCGCACCUCUCACUUGCCUAUGAAGACAAACAAAUACUGGAAGAUGCUGCCGCUCUGAUUAUCCACCAUGUGAAAAGGCAGACAGGCAUUCAGAAGGAGGACAAAUACAAAAUCAAGCAAAUCAUGCAUCAUUUCAUUCCAGAUCUGCUCUUUGCUCAGAGAGGUGAUCUCUCAGAUGUGGAAGAAGAGGAAGAAGAAGAGAUGGAUGUAGAUGAAACCACAGGGACGGCUAAAAAGCACAAUGGUGUUGGGGGCAGUCCCCCUAAGUCUAAGCUAAUGUUUAGUAACACUGCAGCUCAAAAAUUAAGAGGGAUGGAUGAAGUGUACAACCUCUUCUAUGUCAAUAACAACUGGUAUAUCUUUAUGCGACUGCACCAGAUCCUGUGCUUGAGGCUGCUGCGGAUUUGUUCCCAAGCUGAACGGCAAAUUGAAGAAGAAAACCGAGAGAGAGAGUGGGAACGGGAAGUGCUAGGCAUAAAACGAGACAAGAGUGACAGCCCUGCUAUCCAGCUACGUCUCAAGGAACCUAUGGAUGUUGAUGUAGAAGAUUAUUACCCAGCAUUCCUGGAUAUGGUGCGGAGCCUGCUGGAUGGCAACAUAGACUCAUCACAGUAUGAAGAUUCACUGAGAGAGAUGUUCACCAUUCAUGCCUACAUUGCCUUUACCAUGGACAAACUGAUCCAGAGCAUUGUCAGACAGCUGCAGCACAUUGUGAGUGAUGAGAUCUGUGUGCAGGUUACUGAUCUUUACCUGGCAGAAAAUAAUAAUGGGGCCACUGGAGGCCAGCUGAACACACAGACUUCAAGGAGCCUUCUGGAAUCAACAUAUCAGCGGAAAGCCGAGCAGCUUAUGUCAGAUGAGAAUUGCUUUAAGCUUAUGUUCGUUCAGAGCCAAGGCCAGGUUCAGUUGACCAUUGAGCUUCUGGACACAGAAGAGGAGAACUCUGAUGACCCCGUGGAAGCAGAGCGCUGGUCAGACUAUGUGGAGCGAUACAUGAAUUCCGAUACUACCUCUCCUGAGCUUCGUGAACAUCUGGCACAGAAACCAGUAUUUCUUCCACGGAAUCUUCGGCGGAUCCGGAAGUGUCAGCGAGGUCGAGAGCAGCAGGAAAAGGAAGGGAAGGAAGGAAACAGCAAGAAGACCAUGGAAAAUGUGGAUAGCCUGGAUAAGCUAGAAUGUAGAUUCAAGCUGAAUUCCUACAAGAUGGUGUAUGUGAUCAAGUCAGAGGACUACAUGUACCGGAGGACUGCCUUGCUCCGGGCUCAUCAGUCCCAUGAGCGUGUAAGCAAGCGUCUACAUCAGAGGUUCCAAGCCUGGGUAGAUAAAUGGACCAAGGAGCAUGUGCCCCGUGAAAUGGCUGCAGAGACCAGCAAGUGGCUCAUGGGUGAGGGGCUGGAGGGCCUCGUGCCCUGUACCACCACCUGUGAUACAGAGACCCUGCAUUUUGUGAGCAUUAACAAGUAUCGUGUCAAAUAUGGCACAGUAUUCAAAGCCCCUUAACUGCAAAGCCAGAGCAGAUAACUUGAGGGUGUGUGUGUGAGCAUGUGCACUCUGCUCACACACAUUGAAGAAACAAGGAAGAUGCCUUUCAAGCCUCACUGGGCCUCUCUGGGACAUGGCCACCUGAUCUGUAUGUGGCUGGUGCAAAUUGGCACUAAGUGGGCUACCUUUAAGAAACAUGAAUACUUUAUAAAGUUGGAGCUGGAACUUUUCCCAAGGGGGUUUAGGUAUUAGCCUGCCCUGGAAGGGAAGGAAAUCCAUCCAAGCACAGAGACAAGCAGCUUGCUUGCACACACCAGCAGAGCUAAGACUGGAGUCUCCUGUGGCCUGACCUUCAAUGAGGGAACUGGAUGCUGUUCAUAUUUGGCUGGAUGGAGGUGCUGGGGAAGGACUUAAUGCUCAGAUGGAUUGUAACUGUGAUGGUCACUGCUCCUCUCCUCUACCCAAAAAGGAGAAGAAAAAAAAAAACUGGAUUUGAUUUUUUUGUUGUUGUUUUCCCAGUCACCUGAGCACAUUUAAGAUCACCCAUUAGGUUUUACCUGGGAUCUGCAGUUUGGCUUUGGAAUUGAUCAUCUUGUGGAUUUGAUUCCUGAUGAAUCCCUUGCUGCCCACCCUUUCUCUCCUUUGGUUCUCAACCUCAAGUUCAAAUCAGUCAACCUUUUUAGCUCCCGUGGAACUGUUUUGUACCUGCUUCUUUACUAGUCUACCCUAGUGCCAUCCACCAGCUUUACUCUCUGACACACACACACACACACACACACACACACAAUUUUAACUUCAUUUUUCUUUUUUUGUAAAUAAUGUACAUACUGUCAAUUUUUUAUUAAAAGAAAUAUGCUUUGAUGUGCUAGCAUAACCGCUCUAGCUUCUUGUGUAUCAUAGUACUAUGUGGCUUCAGAUUUAGUACCUAUGAACAGAUGUACAAGACAUUUAUUACACUUUUUACCAAAGGGAGUUACCAUUGUAGUACUUUUGUGUAAAACUUGUCUUCCCCCCUUUACCCUCAACUUUUUUUUCUUUUUUUUGUAAAUAAAUAAAGCUUGGUUCUUACUUAAGGAA